CAUAGCUAUGCGUAUUGACAUUUAUAAGUGAGGUUAAAUUGAAUAUUUACAAAAAUGUUUAGCAUUUUCAAUACAAAAACUAAAAAAACCCAUGAGUUUGACAAAGAUUUUGAACCUCCUUCGAAGAAAUUAGUAACAGAGGGUGAUUUAUUAAUAAAAAAACUAAGUGAAAAACAAUUGGAGAAAAAAACAACAUUAGCAAAACAAUUAAAUGCUACAAAAGAAUUCGUGGGAAGUAGUGAAUUCGUUCCAGUUACAAACAGACUACAUGGGGUAACUCCAUUAAGUUAUUUUGAAAAUGAAACAAAUAAAUUUGACGUUUAUGAUAAAUAUAAAUCUCUUGGGUUAUCUGAACAAGAUAUACAGUUAUAUGAGGAUAAUUUAAAAGGUUUUGGAUAUGUUUUAUCAAAGCACAGAAAUAUAAACAGUGAUAUUUUAAUGGGUAACAUAAAAAGAAUAGAAAAAGUUAUUUUUGAAAGUACAACACUAGAUGAUAAGGAAAUAAAUGUUUAUAAUAUAGCAAAACAAAAAGCGGAGGAUUUAUUUUCUGUAAAACCUGAUAGUACAGAAACUAAGCUACUCAAGUUUGCUUUAAAUAAUGAGGGGAAAAAGGAAAAAUUGCCACAUCCUAUGGAUAAUAUACAAGAAGUUGAAAACAACUUAAACAAAAAUGUAGAUUUAUUUUCUUCAGUGGAUGUGAAGAAAAUAAGGAAAAAAGCGAGAUCCUUGGCAAGGCAAAUUAAUGAAUUAAAUCAAAUUCAACCUAUAGAGUAUAAAAAUAAUAACAAAAGUAGACCAAUAACAAAAAAUUCCAAAUGGGAUAAACAAGAGACACAAAAAGAAGUUAAAGUACAUGAAAAUAAAUUAUAUUCUUGUAAGAAACAGAGUUUAUAUACAAUUAAGGAUGGCAAAAUUGUACAGAUACAGGGUGAUUCUAAAAUUAUUGACACAAAUAAAAAACCAAACAAACUAACCAUAAAAGAAAUUAAAAGUAUGGACAAAUUUAAAAACUAUGAACCAGGAGAUACUACAUCAAAGUUAUAUUUAAAAAAUAUGCAUAAAAAUGUUGAAGAAAGGGACUUGUUUAACUUACUAACUGAUAUUGAUAAGAAUAAUAUAAUUUCAAUUGAUUUGAUGAAAGGAAAAAUGAAAGGGCAAGGGUUUAUACAAUUUAAAGAUGAAAAUAUUGCAAAAGAAGCCCUAAUUCUUCUAAACGGAAUUUUAUUGAGGAACAAGCCAAUUAUUGUUCAGUAUAGCAAAAAAUGAUGUCAUUCAAU